AGAGGAGAGGGACGACAGUACGGAGGAAGAUUCAGUCGGAUAAGUAACUCGCCACCAAGAAACGAGAGGACAUCGUUACCAAGGUCCACUGCACCUGCUGCCUCUUGCUGACACGGCACCAACAUCAUCCUCAAUGUCCAGCGGUUUAAUGAUGGAUCACUCUUUCCUACCUCGCUCCAUCUGGACCGGUGAGAGUAAAUUCCUGCAGCAUCCAGCGGAUCUCUACACCACUGUGGUCGUUACGCGCAGCAUCCCUGCAGGCACGUGCUUUGGUCCAUGUGUGCUCCAAAACACUUUCUACGACACGAUCGCCUUCAUAGCGCAGAAAUCCUGCGACAAGAGAGCUAAAUCCUAUAUGUUCAGGUUGGACCCUGAGGCCAUGCGUAAUUCCGUGCUGGUGCUGUCCUGGCUGCGGCUCGUGCAGGCUGCGCGCAAUGGCCAGGAGCAGAACACCGAGGCCUUUCUGAAGGCUGGUCAGCUGUAUGUGCGGACCAUCCGGGACAUCCGGCCGGAAGAAGAGCUGCUUGUGUGGUACGACCAGGAGCUGUCUCACCUGCUGGGCUUCACUGACAUGUCCCGAGGAUCGAGUGAAGAGUUCAAAUGUGCAAGAUGUAACCAGGUCUUCAAUAACGAGUUUCCGUUCCUGGCUCAUUGCCGAUUCCUGUGCACUCAAGUCAAGACAGACACAUGGAGCCGCGAGAUUUACGAGCAAAAGCAUGUGGAAAUUAGGAAACAACGCCGAGUAACAGAUUUCCACAACAUCGCCAGAGAUUUGGAACACAAAAAAUCCUCUAGCAGAAACGAGGAUGCAGAGAUUUUUCCCAAGAGAAGGAAAUACGAGGAAACACUUUAUCCCAAAGGGAGGAAAACGGUUCUUUUGGAAAAGACAAAUAUUUCAAACGAUGACAAUAUAACACCACUGAUUAAGGGAUACGAUCAGGCAGGAGGAGACGAAUCUUCCUCUGCUGGGAAGCUGAAGGCUGAUAAGAUUAAACCAGAUCAUUUGGGAUGUAAGAAUGGUGCCUUUACGCAUGUCAGAUAUAUGGACGCACGGACUGAGGCAGGGGAGAGCUCUGGUUUGAACUCAAGCAGCAGUAGUGCAUUUUCUCUGGUCCUGUCCAACAAUCAGGGACAUCAGAGAAGCGCUUUCUGUAAACCGAGUAAAAUAAAUUCCCCUAUUGACCCCCAGGUGCAUCUCAGCAGCGCCUCAACAGCCCCCUCUAGCCACGUAGAGGAGAUGACAGAUGCCUUCAACUCCAGAAAUGUUUUGGGAUACAACAAUCUGAUGGCAGCUAACAUCAUGAGCACUGACUUACAGACUGUUCACUCCCCGGUGGCUGUAAACAACGCGUUCCAUUACGCACCGGAGCACUGGUCUAGGAACAUUGGCGUGCAGCUGCAGACCGCAUCUUCUCUCACGGUCCUUCCACCGACUUUCACCUCAUUCGGCGUGUCGGUGCAAAACUGGUGCGCAAAAUGUAACCUCUCAUUCCGCAUGACCUCUGACCUCGUGUUCCAUAUGCGCUCUCACCACAAGAAGGAGUUCGCAGCGGAGUCCCACGUGAGGAGGAGCAGGGAAGAGAAACUCACCUGCCCAAUCUGCCAUGAGUACUUCCGUGAACGGCACCACCUGUCUAGACACAUGACUUCUCAUAACUGAGUCAAGAAGGGACACUGACACUUUAAUUUAUUCUAUUAGCAAUGCGUAUUUAACAGGUUUAGACUCCAGAUUCACGGUGAGACUUUGGUAUAAGAGUGAAUGUAGGUAGCUGUAAAAAAUAUAGCAAAACCAACACGUGGCCACCACAGCCUGUCCACUAGAUGACGAUAGAGGUACGUGUACGCUGAUCUCACUGCAGUUUCUUGUAUGUCCUUUAGCUCUGCUGUGUUGAUGAUUAUUUUGUGCCUUAUGGAACUCUGGAGGGAAGAAAGACUGAAAUAUCUCGAGGACAGCUCAUGAUUGUCACAAAUCCUCUUAUUUAUCAGCAUUUCUCUGCUCUGAUUUGUACAAGAGAUGUGGAUUAAGUGUGUUUGCACAUUUGUUUUGAAAUCUAAA